AUGACCCACCAAACCCACGCCUAUCAUAUAGUUAACCCAAGUCCAUGACCACUUACCGGGGCCUUAUCCGCCCUACUUAUAACAUCAGGCUUAGCCAUAUGAUUCCACUUUAACUCCCCCUCACUUCUUCUAAUUGGCUUGUUAACAAACACACUCACUAUAUACCAGUGAUGACGAGAUAUUGUACGAGAAGGCACAUUUCAAGGCCACCAUACUCCUAUUGUUCAAAAAGGUUUACGAUAUGGAAUAAUCCUAUUUAUUGUUUCAGAAGUCUUUUUCUUUGCAGGUUUCUUCUGAGCUUUCUACCACUCAAGCCUAGCUCCCACGCCAGAACUAGGGGGCUGCUGGCCUCCUACAGGUAUUAAACCUCUUAACCCCCUUGAAGUUCCCCUACUUAACACCUCAGUCCUUCUAGCCUCAGGAGUCUCAAUUACCUGAGCUCACCAUAGCUUAAUAGAAGGAAAUCGUAAAAACAUGCAACAAGCCUUAGCAAUCACUAUUCUUCUAGGUAUUUACUUCACCCUACUUCAAGCAUCAGAAUACUAUGAAACAUCAUUUACUAUCUCAGAUGGAGUUUAUGGCUCAACAUUCUUUAUAGCCACAGGAUUUCAUGGCCUCCACGUAAUUAUUGGUUCUACUUUCCUUACAGUUUGCCUUUUACGGCAGCUCCACUUUCACUUUACAUCAAGUCAUCACUUUGGUUUUGAAGCAGCCGCAUGAUAUUGGCACUUUGUAGAUGUUGUCUGACUAUUCCUGUAUGUAUCAAUUUAUUGAUGAGGAUCAU